AUGAGCAGCGCCGCCGUCUCGUCGCCAUGGCUCUGCAGUUGUUGCUUGGUGGCAACAAGUUCAGAGUCUGGAUUAGGUGAACCGCUAGCGUCGUCGCUGAUGGAUUCUGUGGUUCAGGAGGAGUUUGAGGAGCACGCCGAGAAGGCCAAGACCUUGCCUGACACGACGACGAACGAGAACAAGCUCAUCCUCUACAGGCUCUACAAGCAGGCCACCGUCGGCGACGUCAACAUCGGUUGUGCUGGAUAUACUGCAACAUGA